AUUUCAGUAAAACAUCGCUGGAAGAGAUAAGAUUUUUCACAUGAAACACUGACUGAAUUGUGAGAAGUCAGUGAAUGGGACGGUUUCAUGAUGGAGACAAGAGAGAAUUUCUACUUUCUUUUAAUAACAGCCAUUUUCAUUGGAUACAGAGUAUCAAGUACGGCAAAUUCUUCAUCAACUGCACAAGCCCCUACUGCAUCAAAUGGAACAAAUGCUACAAGAUUGUUCCAACUGUACAAAAGCUAUUGGAUGGCAAUGGUUUAGUUAUCACCAUCACUGGAUUUCAAAACGGUACUAUUAUGGUAAACCUGUUGGCUUCCACGAGCAAAAACUUUACUGCUUCCCCAGCUUCUCUGCAAAAUGUGAUUGCAAAUGUAAUCAAAAUAGUUGAACAAUUCUCGAUCCACAUAUCAGGUUUCACAAAUCCGUUAUCAACAACUAUGACAACGACAGCAAUACAAAAUGUCACUGCAUCCAGUGAGUCUGGUACAGCAUCAGAAGCACCAACACCCAGUCCAUCGAUUGAGUCUGGUACAGCAUCAGAAGCACCAACACCCAGUGCAUCCAGUGAGUCUGGUACUGCAUCAGAAGCACCAACACCCAGUGCAUCGAGUGAGUCUGGUACAGCAUCAGAAUCACCAACACCCAGUGCAUCCAGUGAGUCUGCCACAACAUCAGAAGCACCAACACCCAGUGCAUCGAGUGAGUCUGGUACAGCAUCAGAAGCACCAACACCCAGUGCAUCGAGUGAGUCUGGUAUAGCAUCAGAAGCACCAACACCCAGUGCAUCGAGUGAGUCUGGUACAGCAUCAGAACCACCAACACACAGUGCAUCGAGCGAGUCUGGUACAGCAUCAGAUGCACCAACACCCAGUGCAUCCAGUGAGUCUGCCCCAAAAUCAGAAUCACCAACACCCAGUGCAUCCAGUGAGUCUGCCACAAUAUCAGAUGCACCAACACCCAGUGCAUCCAGUGGGUCUGGUACAGCAUCAGAAUCACCAACACCCAGUCCAUCCAGUGAGUCUGAUACAACAUCAGAUGCACCAACACCCAGUGCAUCGAGUGAAUCUGGUACAGCAUCAGAUGCACCAACACCCAGUGCAUCGAGUGAGUCUGCCACAAUAUCAGAAUCACCAACACCCAGUGCAUCCAGUGAGUCUGGUACAGCAUCAGAUGUGCCAACACCCAGUGCAUCCAGUGAGUCUUCCCCAAUAUCAGAAUCACCAACACCCAGUGAAUCGAGUGAGUCUGCCACAAUAUCAGAAUCACCAACACCCAGUCCAUUGAGUGAGUCUAGUACAGCAUCCGAAGCACCAAUACCCAGUGCAUCGAGUGAGUCUGCCACAACAUCAGAAUCACCAACGCCCAGUGCAUCGAGUGAGUCUGGUACAGCAUCAGAUGCACCAACACCCAGUGCAUCGAGUGAGUCUGCCACAGUAUCAGAAUCACCAACACCCAGUGCAUCCAGUGAGUCUGGUACAGCAUCAGAUGCGCCAACACACAGUGCAUCGAGUGCGUCUUCCACAAUAUCAGAAUCACCAACACCCAGUGCAUCCAGUGAGUCUGGUACAGCAUCAGAUGCGCCAACACACAGUGCAUCGAGUGAGUCUUCCACAAUAUCAGAAGCACCAACACCCAGUGCAUCCAGUGAGUCUGCCACAAUAUCAGGAUCCCCAACACUCAGUGCAUCCAGUGAGUCUGGUACAGCACCAGAAGCACCAACAGCCAGUGCAUCCAGUGAGUCUGGUACAGCAUCAGAAGCACCAACACCUAGUGCAUCCAGUGAGUCUGGUACAUCAUCAGAAGCACCAACACCCAGUGCAUCCAGUGAGUCUGGUACAGCAUCAGAUGCACCAACACCCAGUGCAUCGAGUGAGUCUGAUACAACAUCAGAAGCUCCAACACCCAGUGCAUCCAGUGAGUCUGCCCCAAUAUCAGAAUCACCAACACACAGUGCAUCCAGUGCGUCUGCCACAAUAUCAGAAUCACCAACACCCAGUGCAUCCAGUGAGUCUGGUACUGCAUCGGAAGCACCAACACCUAGUGCAUCCAGUGAGUCUGGUACAGCAUCAGAAGCACCAACACCCAGUCCAUCCAGUGAGUCUGGUACAGCAUCAGAAGCACCAAGACCCAGUGCGUCCAGUGAGUCUGCCACAAUAUCGGAAUCACCAACGCCCAGUGCAUCGAGUGAGUCUGGCACAGCAUCAAAAGCACCAACACCCAGUGCAUCGAGUGAGUCUGCCACAAUAUCGGAAUCACCAACACCCAGUGCAUCCAGUGAGUCUGGUACAGCAUCAGAUGCGCCAACACACAGUGCAUCGAGUGAGUCUUCCACAAUAUCAGAAUCACCAACGCCCAGUGCAUCGAGUGAGUCUGGUACAGCAUCAGAUGCACCAACACCCAGUGCAUCACGUGAGUCUGAUACAACAUCAGAGGCACCAACUCUCAGUGCAUCGAGUGAGUCCGGUACAGCAUCAGAUUCACCAACAGCCAGUGCAUCCAGUGAAUCUGCCCCAAUAUCAGAAUCACCAACACCCAGUGCAUCGAGUCAGUCUGGUACUGCAUCAGAAGCACCAACACCCAGUGCAUCCAGUGAGUCUGCUACAGCAUCAGAAGCGCCAACAGCCAGUGCAUCCAGUGAGUCUGGUACUGCAUCAGAUGCACCAACACCCAGUGCAUCCAGUGAGUCUGGUACAGCAUCAAAAGCAGCAACACCGAGUGCAUCCAGUGAGUCUGGUACAGCAUCAGAAUCACCAACACUCAGUGCAUCCAGUGAGUCUGGUACAGCAUCAGAAGCACCAACAGCCAAUGCAUCGAGUGAGUCUGCCACAAUAUCAGAAUCACCAACACCCAGUGCAUCCAGUGACUCUGGUACAGCAUCAGAAGCACCAUCAGCCAGUGCAUCCAGUGAGACUGGCCCAAUAUCAGAAUCACCAACACCCAGUGCAUCGAGUGAGUCUGGUACAGCAUCUGAAGCACCAACACCCAGUGCAUCCAGUGAGUCUGGUACUGCAUCAGAAGCGCCAACACACAGUGCAUCCAGCGAGUCUGGUACAACAUCAGAAGCACCAACACCCAGUGCAUCGAGUGAGUCUGCCACAAUAUCAGAAUCACCAACACCCAGUGCAUCGAGUGAGUCUGCCACAUUAUCAGAAUCACCAACACCCAGUGCAUCCAGUGAGUCUGGUACUGCAUCAGAAGCACCAACACCCAGUGCAUCCAGUGAGUCUGGUACAGCAUCAGAAGCACCAUCAGCCAGUGCAUCCAGUGAGACUGCCCCAAUAUCAGAAUCACCAACACCCAGUGCAUCGAGUGAGUCUGGUACAGCAUCUGAUGCACCAACACCCAGUGCAUCCAGUGAGUCUGGUACUGCAUCAGAAGCGCCAACACACAGUGUAUCCAGCGAGUCUGGUACAACAUCAGAAGCACCAACACCCAGUGCAUCGAGUGAGUCUGCCACAAUAUCAGAAUCACCAACACCCAGUGCAUCCAGUGACUCUGGUACAGCAUCAGAAGCACCAUCAGCCAGUGCAUCCAGUGAGACUGCCCCAAUAUCAGAAUCACCAACACCCAGUGCAUCGAGUGAGUCUGCCACAAUAUCAGAAUCACCAACACCCAGUGCAUCCAGUGAGUCUGGUACUGCAUCAGAAGCACCAACACCCAGUGCAUCCAGUGAGUCUGGUACAGCAUCAGAAGCACCAACAGUCAGUGCAUCCAGUGAGUCUGCCCCAAUAUCAGAAUCACCAACACCCAGUGCAUCGAGUGAGUCUGCCACAAUUUCAGAAUCACCAACACCCAGUGCAUCCAGUGAGUCUGGUACUGCAUCAGAAGCACCAACACCCAGUGCAUCCAGUGAGUCUGGUACAGCAUCAGAAGCACCAACACCCAGUGCAUCCAGUGAGUCUGCUACAACAUCAGAAGCACCAAUGCCCAGUGCAUCGAGUGAGUCUGGUACUGCAUCAGAAGCGCCAACACACAGUGUAUCCAGCGAGUCUGGUACAACAUCAGAAGCACCAACACCCAGUGCAUCGAGUGAGUCUGCCACAAUAUCAGAAUCACCAACACCCAGUGCAUCCAGUGACUCUGGUACAGCAUCAGAAGCACCAUCAGCCAGUGCAUCUAGUGAGACUGCCCCAAUAUCAGAAUCACCAACACCCAGUGCAUCGAGUGAGUCUGCCACAAUAUCAGAAUCACCAACACCCAGUGCAUCCAGUGAGUCUGGUACUGCAUCAGAAGCACCAACACCCAGUGCAUCCAGUGAGUCUGGUACAGCAUCAGAAGCACCAACACCCAGUGCAUCGAGUGAGUCUGGUACAGCAUCAGAAUCACCAACACCCAGUGCAUCCAGUGAGUCUGGUACAGCAUCAGAAGCACCAACACCCAGUGCAUCCAGUGAGUCUGGUACAGCAUCAGAAGCACCAACACCCAGUGCAUCCCGUGAGUCUGCUACAACAUCAGAAGCACCAAUGCCCAGUGCAUCGAGUGAGUCUGGUACUGCAUCAGAAGCGCCAACAGCCAGUGCAUCCAGUGAGUCUGGUACAACAUCAGAAGCACCAACACCCAGUGCAUCCAGUGAGUCUGCCACAAUAUCAGAAUCACCAAUACCCAGUGCAUCCAGUGACUCUGGUACAGCAUCAGAAGCACCAUCAGCCAGUGCAUCCAGUGAGACUGCCCCAAUAUCAGAAUCACCAACACCCAGUGCAUCGAGUGAGUCUGCCACAAUUUCAGAAUCACCAACACCCAGUGCAUCCAGUGAGUCUGGUACUGCAUCAGAAGCACCAACACCCAGUGCAUCCAGUGAGUCUGGUACAGCAUCAGAAGCACCAUCACCCAGUGCAUCGAGUGAGUCUGCCACAACAUCAGAAGCACCAACACCCAGUGCAUCCAGUGAGUCUGGUACUGCAUCAGAUGCACCAACACCCAGUGCAUCGAGUGAGUCUGGUACAGCAUCAGAAGCACCAACACACAGUGCAUCCAGUGAGACUGCCCCAAUAUCAGAAUCACCAACACCCAGUGCAUCCAGUGACUCUGGUACAGCAUCAGAAGCACCAACACCCAGUGCAUCGAGUGAGUCUGCCCCAAUAUCAGAAUCACCAACACCCAGUGCAUCCAGUGAGUCUGCCACAAUAUCAGAAUCACCAACACCCAGUGCAUCCAGUGAGUCUGGUACAGCAUCAGAAGCACCAACACCCAGUGCAUCAAGUGAGUCUGGUACAGCAUCAGAUGCACCAACACCCAGUGCAUCCAGUGAGCCUGGUACUGCAUCAGAAGCACCAACGCCCAGUGCAUCCAGUGAGUCUGCCACAAUAUCAGAAUCACCAACACCCAGUGCAUCCAGUGAGUCUGGUACAGCAUCAGAAGCAGCAACACCCAGUGCAUCAAGUGAGUCUGGUACAGCAUCAGAUGCACCAACACCCAGUGCAUCCAGUGAGCCUGGUACUGCAUCAGAAGCACCAACGCCCAGUGCAUCCAGUGAGUCUGCCACAAUAUCAGAAUCACCAACACCCAGUGCAUCCAGUGAGUCUACUGUAACGUCAGAAGCACCAUCUCCCAGUGCAUCGAGUGAGUCUGGUACAACAUCAGAAGCACCAACACCCAGUGCAUCGAGUGAGCCUGGUACAGCAUCAGAAGCACCAACACCCAGUGCAUCCAGUGAGUCUGGUACAUCAGAAGCACCAACACCCAGUGCAUCCAGUGAGUCUGGUACUGCAUCAGAAGCACAAACACCCAGUGCAUCCAGUGAGUCUGCCACAACAUCAGAAGCUCCAACACCCAGUGCAUCCAGUAAGUCUACUGUAACAUCAGAAGCACCAACACCCAGCGCAUCGAGUGAGUCUGCCACAACAUCAGAAUCACCAACACCCAGUGCAUCCAGUGAGUCUGGUACAGCAUCAGAAUCACCAACACCCAGUGCAUCCAGUGAGUCUGGUACAGCAUCAGAAGCACCAACGCCCAGUGCAUCCAGUGAGUCUGGUACUGCAUCAGAUGCACCAACGCCCAGUGCAUCCAGUGAGUCUGGUACAGCAUCAAAAGCACCAACACCGAGUGCAUCCAGUGAGUCUGGUACUGCAUCAGAAUCACCAACACUCAGUGCAUCCAGUGAGUCUGGUGCAGCAUCAGAAGCACCAACAGCCAGUGCAUCCAGUGAGUCUGGUACAGCAUCAGAAGCACCAACACCCAGUGCAUCUAGUGAGUCUGGUACUGCAUCAGAAGCGCCAACAGCCAGUGCAUCCAGUGAGUCUGCCACAAUAUCAGAAUCACCAAUACCCAGUGCAUCCAGUGACUCUGGUACAGCAUCAGAAGCACCAUCAGCCAGUGCAUCCAGUGAGACUGCCCCAAUAUCAGAAUCACCAACACCCAGUGCAUCGAGUGAGUCUGCCACAAUUUCAGAAUCACCAACACCCAGUGCAUCCAGUGAGUCUGGUACUGCAUCAGAAGCACCAACACCCAGUGCAUCCAGUGAGUCUGGUACAGCAUCAGAAGCACCAUCACCCAGUGCAUCGAGUGAGUCUGCCACAACAUCAGAAUCACCAACACCCAGUGCAUCGAGUGAGUCUGGUACAGCAUCAGAUGCACCAACACCCAGUGCAUCGACUGAGUCUGCCACUAUAUCAGAAUCACCAACACCCAGUGCAUCCAGUGAGUCUGGUACAGCAUCAGAAGCACCAAUACCCAGUGCAUCCAGUGAGCCUGGUACAGCAUCAGAAGCACCAACACCCAGUGCAUCGAGUGAGUCUGGUACAACUUCAGAAUCACCAACACCCAGUGCAUCCAGUGAGUCUGCCACAAUAUCAGAAUCACCAACACCCAGUGCAUCUAGUGAGUCUACUGUAACAUCAGAAGCACCAUCUCCCAGUGCAUCGAGUGAGUCUGCCACAACAUCAGAUGCACCAACACCCAGUGCAUCGAGUGAGUCUACUGUAACAUCAGAAUCACCAACACCCAGCGCAUCGAGUGAGUCUGGUACAGCAUCAGAAGCACCAACACCCAGUGCAUCCAGUGAGUCUGCUACAAUAUCAGAAUCACCAACACCCAGUGCAUCAAGUGAGUUUGGUACAACAUCAGAUGCACCAACACCCAGUGCAUCCAGUGAGUCUGGUACAGCAUCGGAAGCACCAACACCCAGUGCAUCCAGUGAGUCUGCUACAAUAUCAGAAGCACCAACACCCAGUGCAUCCAGUGAGUCUGCUACAACAUCAGAAGCAUCAACACCCAGUGCAUCCAGUGAGUCUGCUACAACAUCAGAAGCACUAACACCCAGUGCAUCGAGUGAGUCUGGUACAACAUCAGAAGCACCAACACCCAGUGCAUCCAGUGAGUCUGCUACAACAUCAGAAGCACCAACAACCAGUGCAUCCAGUGAGUCUGCUACAACAUCAGAAGCACCAACAACCAGUGCAUCGAGUGAGUCUACUGUAACAUCAGAAGCCCCAACGCCCAGUGCAUCGAGUGAGUCUGGUACAGCAUCAGAAGCACCAACACCCAGUGCAUCCAGUGAGUCUGGUACAACAUCAGAAGCACUAACAACCAGUGCAUCCAGUGAGUCUACUGUAACAUCAGAAGCCCCAACGCCCAGUGCAUCGAGUGAGUCUGGUACAGCAUCAGAAGCACCAACACCCAGUGCAUCCAGUGAGUCUACUGCAACAUCCGAAGCACCAACACCCAGUGCAUCCAGUGAGUCUGGUACAGCAUCGGAAGCACCAACAGCCAGUGCAUCCAGUGAGUCUGCUACAAUAUCAGAAGCACCAACACCCAGUGCAUCCAGUGAGUCUGCUACAACAUCAGAAGCAUCAACACACAGUGCAUCCAGUGCGUCUGCCACAACAUCAGAAUCACCAACACCCAGUGCAUCGGGUGAGUCUGCCACAAUAUCAGAAUCACCAACGCCCAGUGCAUCGAGUGAGUCUGGUACAGCAUCAGAAGCACCAACACCCGGUGCAUCCAGUGAGUCUGGUACAGCAUCAGAAGCACCAACACCCAGUGCAUCCAGUGAGUCUACUGCAACAUCAGAAGCACCAACACCCAGUGCAUCCAGUGCGUCUACUACAACAUCUGCAGCACAGACACCCCGUAUAUCCAGUGCAUCUGUGACAACAUCAGAAGCACAAAAAUCCAGUGCAUUCAGUGAGCCUGCUACAACAUCUGAAGCACCAACACCCAGUGCAUCAAGUGAGUCUGCUACAACAUCAGAAGCAUCAAUGCCCACUGUAUCCAGUGAGUCUGCUACAACAUCAGAAGCAUCAACGCCCACUGUAUCCAGCGAGUCUGCUACAACAUCAGAAACACCAGCACCCAGUGCAUCCAGUGCAUCUCAUACAUCAGAAGCAUCAACGUCCAGUCCGUCUAGUGAGUCUUCAACAACAUCCAAAGCACCGACUCCCAGUGUAUCCAGUGAGUCUGUGACAUCAGCAGAACCAACAUUCAGUGCAUCCAGUGCAUCCAGUGCAUCUGUGACAACAUCAGCACCACCAACACCUAGUCAUUCCAGUGCAUCUGCUACAACAUCAGAAGCACCAUCGCCCAGUGCAUUGAGUGUAGCCAGUACAUCAGCAGAACCAACACCCAGUGUAUCCAGUGUAUCCAGUACAUCAGCUGUAUCAACACCCAGUGUAUCCAGUGUAUCCAGUGCAUCAGCUGCAUCAACACCCAGUGUAUCCAGUUUAUCCAGUACAUCAGCUGCACCAACACUCAGCAGAUCAAGUGUAUCCAGUACAUCAGCUACACCGACACCCAGUGCAUCGACUGUAUCCAGUACAUCAGCUGCACCAACACCCAGUGUAUCCAGUGUAUCCAGUACAUCCGCUGCACCAACACCCAGUGCAUCAAUUAUAUCCAGUACAUCAGCUGCAUCAACACCCAGUGCAUCCAGUACAUCAGCUGCAACAUCACUCAGUGAAUCCAGUGCAUCAGCUGCACCAACACCCAGUGUAUCCAGUGUAUCCAGUACAUCAGCUGUACUGACACCCAGUGCAUCCAGUGUAUCCAGUACUUCAGCUGCAACAUCACCCAGUUUAUCCAGUGCACCAAGUACAUCAGCUGCACCGGCACCCAGUGCAUCCAGUACAUCCGCUGCACCAACACCCAGUGCAUCCAGUACAUCCGCUGCACCAACACCCAGUGCAUCCAGUAUUUCGAGUACAUCAGUUGCACCAGCACCCAGUGCAUCAAGUAUAUCCAGUACAUCAGCUGCACCAACACCCAGUGCAUCGAGUAUAUCCAGUACAUCCGCUGCACUAACACCCAGUGCAUCAAAUGUGUCCAGUACACCAGCUGCACCAAAACCCAGUGCAUCGAGUGUAUCUGCUCCUUCUUCAGCUGUUGGAAUUCAUACGUCAAAUGUGACCAGUAGUGUAUCUGCUACACCACCAAUCAGUACGUCAAGUGUGUCCCGUUCUCCAUUACCUACACCUACCUUUGCUACAUCAAAUGUGUCAAAAAAUGUAUCAUCCACAUCAUCAUCUGGAACUUCAGACCAGUCAGCCACCGAUUUCCAGGUGCCCACCUCUAACCCAUCAAAUGUUUCAGACUCAUUGUCUUCAUCUGCAACUUCAUCUACUCUUAUUAAUCCAUCGUCCACUGAAUCACCAAUUGCUUCCUCUGGUAUCUCAAACCUGUCAACAUCUACAUCGGUUGGAGCCAUUUCUAAAACACCACAUGCAACAAUUUCUACUCCAGCUGCAGUUACAUCUGGUGUAUCAGAUUCCACUCCAUCCACUGACAGUGCCUCAGGAGGAGUCAUAUUCAGCACCACUUCAUCAUCAACUAACAUCGUUUCAACAAUUACUUCUCAAGCAUCUGGCAGUACCACCAUCUCUUUCAAUCCAAUCAGCAGUAUUGGUGCAACAUCAAACCCAGCCAGCAGUGACAGGUCUACCAGCAUUGCUCCCGCCACCACGACCCUCCCAACUACCAGCACUUUACCGGCUAUCAUUAGUUCUGAUGGCACAACAAUAACCUCCAAUUCCAGCACCACCAGUCUGAUUGCUACCACCCCCACUGCCAGCUCUGUUAUCACAGCUCCAACAACUUCGACUACUGUUACCACCACAACACCCACCACUCCCACAACAGCAGCAACCACCACCAGUACCAUCACAACUAUCAGUGCUAUCAGCAGCUUUCCCACCACGUCUCCAACAACCUCAACUACCGGUACCACCACAACACCCACCACUCCCACGACAGCAGCAACCACCACCAAUACCAUCACAACUAUCAGUGCUGCUAACAGCUCUCCCACUACGUCUCCAACAACCCCGACUAGUGUUACCACCACAGACCCCACAACAACAACUGCUACCAGUACCAGUGUGACCACUGCGCUCUGUGAGCCGCUGAACUUCAUUCGUAUUAAUUUGAUAUCCGUUCAAAGUGAAACAAUUUCCAUUACCUGGGACACAAACAAUGUUGCGGAGCAGCUGACAUUUUCUGUCACAAUUACUGUAGUACAGUCAAAUACUACUGAGCAGAGUAAGGAAACUGAGGAAAAAGCAGCCACAUUCAAUAUCCUCAAGCCUGACAUAGAAUAUCUCAUCACAAUUGAAACAACAACGUGUGGUCAGCUGCAGUCUAUCACACGCAGAGUCAGGACAAUUGCCGUUGUGCUGGAAGUGUCAACGAGAAUUACAAAUGUGGAAUUUGAACAAGAUCUUGAAAAUAAACAAAGCGACAAGUUCAAAGACUUUGAAAGGAAUUUCAUUGCUGAGCUGGUGAGUGGAUUCAUUGAAAUUUUCAAAGAAUUAUACAGAAGAGGAAGACUUAGAAUUAAAAUUAAUUCCAUUAGGAGUGGGAGUGUACUUGUGGAUUUUGAGGUUACACUGUCAACAAAUGUGACUGCCCCUACAGCUACAGUUUCAGAUGUGCUCACUAAAUCUUUAAAUGCCAGCGAAAUGUUCAACGUGGAUCUUCAAAACACAAGCAUCGUAGAGAGGGACAGCUGCCAGUCAGGGUUGAAUGACUGUUCAGCUAAUGGAAUAUGUAUUAGACUGAAUGCAACUUAUACUUGUCAGUGCAAUGCUGGCUUCAAUGACACCAGCCCCAAUACACCAGGAAGGAUCUGUGAAGACAUUGACGAGUGUCAGACUGGGAACCAUACAUGUUCUGAUUUAGCUGUCUGCACAAACACCCCAGGAAAUUUCACGUGUGGCUGUUUCCAGGGCAUUUUAGAUUCCAAACCAUCAAACCCGGGCACACAGUGCAAAGAUCCGAAUAACUGCUUCAUCAAUGAAGAUCCCUGUGCUGUGUUUCAAUGUUUGACAAAUAAUAGCUGUCCCUCCAGGAGAAUGUUCAAGACAAUCAUUACAUUAAAGUCCAAGACAUUCACCAAUGACCUAAGAAAUCCAGGAAGUGAAGCCUACAGUAGUUUAUCAUCUGAAAUUAGAAAUGCAGUUGUAUCACCUGUACGAACUACAUUGCAGGAUAACACGUUUAAUAUCACCAUCUUUGGUUUUCAAAAUGGUAGCGUGGUGGCGAAUAUCUUGUCUUCCUUAAAUAAUCCUUCAAUCACAGCUGCUACCCUGCAAAUGGCCAUUGCGAGUGCAAUCCGAACAAUUGAUCCCCAAGCUUCUGUCAAUGUCACAGGAACUCCGCAAGUAACGACUCUGGCUCCCACUAUGUCUCAGACUGUGUCCACUUUGCAGACUCCAGCGGAUAACUCUGGAUUCAAAGUGGCUGUGAUAGUGUUGGGAGUCAUCCUCGGUGUGGCUCUGCUGCUAAUCGUGGCAAUAACACUGGCAAUGGUUUGCAUGAAGAGAAAAUCUGGACAGUACCUCAUAGGCAGUUCAGAUAUGCUCCAGAGGUUCAACUAUACAAACAUGUAGUGCAUCACAUCCAACCCCCAGUGGACAAAUCAUUUUCUCAGAGGUUAUACAGUUUCGGGAACAAACUUUCUGCAAUAUCAAAAAUGCAGGGAAUAGAAACAUUAUCGGCAAGAAAUGUAGUAUAAUCAUUAAUGGAGAAUAAUGAUAGGUUCUUGUCUCUCAUUCAUUUUGAUAUAUUUAUAUCUAAACAGAUUGGGAGACUAUAUCAGAUUUUAUUCGUGUUAUUAUUUAAUGGAAAUAGGGGAGUGGGUGGAAUCCCAACUGACUUUACAGAUUAGGAAAUAAGACACCCACAAGCCAUAACGCUCUAUCCAUUAAAAUUUGUAAUGGGCAGGAGCUCUGUGCAACCUUUGAAAGAAUUAUAUUGUACUAUUGAGUUCCUCUUUGCACACUAGACAUUCAAGUGCACAGGACAAAGUUUCAUAAUUACAAAGUUUACUAUUGACGGUAGCUAUCUGUGAGGAGAAAGUGAGGACUGCAGAUGCUGGAGAUCAGAGCUGAAAAUGUGUUGCUGGAAAAGCGCA